AUGGUUUCCAAAGAUGGGAUUCACACUGUGAGAAUUGCUAGGUUUCUCAAGCCACUUGUUGAAAGUGUCAACCAAGGUUCCUCACAUUCCAUUUUUGUCUGGAAGUUUCUCCGAAAACAGGCAGAAAUGGCCAUCAGAUGUUCUGUUGGAAGGCUGGAGCAUGCCCCAGAAACAAUGGGAAGAAUGUUGGAUUACUGGUGUCCUGAAACCAAUACUCUUGUUUUCCCAUGGGGCGAGGCAACCAUUACUCUUGAAGAUAUCGUGAAUCUUGUUGGGCUUCCUGUUCUUCGUGAGCAGAUUCGGGUUUUUGCACUACGGUUGUCAAGGUUUGUCUUGCCUUCUCUUCCUGAACAUACCAUUCAAAAGCAUGAUUUUGCAAUUGCCAUCCAUUUAUCUGAAGGGACCAAGAUUGCACUAGCUCCUGCUGUGCUCGCAAGUCUUCGUAAGAACUUAAGAUUGUUGAAAGAACAGGCUGCUGCUGCUGCUUCGGGUUCUAUUACCGUUUCAGGUCCCCUGCAAAUAGUUCAGCUAUGGGCUUUUGAGAGGUUUCCACUUCUGGGACCUCAGUGUCCUAAUCUACUUAAACAUGGUGAGCCGAGGGCUGCUAGAUGGCACAAACUGAAUUCUAAAAUCAGUCUGCCACUAACCAGAUCAGUCCUGAAAGUGCCUGACAAUUUUAAAUGGCUUCCGUAUGCCGAUAAUUUGGACAAGCGGCACCAUUCAUCGUAUUACAGAGAAGAUGAUCUAUGA